AAUUAAUGAGUUUCUUAUGUAUGGCAGCGUCAUCCCAUCAGUUUGCUGUCUGGUUUGAAUAGCUCCUAUCAGCUCUUCAUUCAUGCCAAGUACGCUCACCGUCCAGAGACAUGAUAAAGCCGUACUUCCUUUUGGAUUUUUACCUCACUAUUCAAAAAACAGUGUACCAGAAGCAUAGGUUACAAAGCAUGAGGAGGACAGAAGAAAUGCCUGCAUCUUCUACAGAAAGGAAGCUGAUGGACUGAAAAGUUGGUAUGGAGAAAGGAAAGCAAGAGAGUGCAAGAACAUCCAUGCUUCUAGUCCAGAUAAUGUUUUUUAAAGCAGCUUGAUUUGGAAGCGUGUGUAAUUCUGAAAUACGAACAAGCAGAACUUUUCCAGGGGGUAAAAUGCAUAUAGGAACAACCAGGAUUUCUCAUUGCUGAAGCAUUCAAUGAAUCUUUAAUAAGUUCUCAACACUCAAAUUGUUUGUGGUCAGAUCAACUGCUGUUAUCAGAUAAAGGCAAAACUCACCCUUCUGGUUCUAUAAUCCUAUUCAAAUGGAGUCUUCGUCUACCGCAUACUAUCCUAACUAAUGCUACAGGAUUAUCAGGAAUACAGAUAUAAAGACACUGCAAGAAAUAAAACACUGGCAAAAUAAAACAUGAAAGGAAAAAUAGAGAAGGCAUUUCAGGUCUCGAAGCUUACUAUUUCCGGCCAGAGUUCAAAUUACUGAGCUUCAAACAAACCACUGCCAGAUGCUGGCCAAGAAGAGCUGAAACAGAAAACAGUCUAGAACCUAACACUAUUCUACUAUAAAAUUUUUGCACCAGGAUGGAAGGGGACUCUUACCACAAUGCAACCACCUUCAAUGGCACCCCAGUAAAUCACCAGCCUUUGGAACGCCACAGGUUGUGGGAAGUCAUCACCAUUGCAGCUGUGACUGCUGUGGUAAGCCUGAUCACCAUUGUGGGCAAUGUCUUGGUCAUGAUCUCCUUCAAAGUCAACAGCCAGCUCAAGACAGUUAACAACUAUUACCUGCUCAGCUUAGCCUGUGCAGAUCUCAUCAUUGGGAUCUUCUCCAUGAACCUCUACACCACCUACAUCCUCAUGGGACGCUGGGCUCUCGGGAGUCUGGCUUGUGACCUUUGGCUUGCACUGGACUACGUGGCCAGCAACGCUUCUGUCAUGAACCUUCUGGUGAUCAGUUUUGACCGUUACUUUUCCAUCACAAGACCCUUGACAUAUCGGGCCAAGCGUACUCCGAAAAGGGCUGGCAUCAUGAUUGGCUUGGCCUGGCUGAUCUCCUUCAUCCUCUGGGCCCCAGCAAUCCUCUGCUGGCAGUACUUGGUUGGGAAGCGGACAGUUCCACUGGAUGAGUGCCAGAUCCAGUUUCUCUCUGAGCCCACCAUCACUUUUGGCACUGCCAUUGCUGCCUUCUACAUCCCUGUUUCUGUCAUGACCAUCCUCUACUGUCGAAUCUACCGGGAAACAGAGAAGCGAACCAAGGACCUGGCUGACCUCCAGGGUUCUGACUCUGUGACCGAAGCUGAGAAGAGAAAGCCAGCUCAUAGGGCUCUGUUCAGAUCCUGCUUGCGCUGUCCUCGACCCACCCUGGCCCAGCGGGAAAGGAACCAGGCCUCCUGGUCUUCCUCCCGCAGGAGCACCUCCACCACUGGGAAGCCAUCCCAAGCCACUGGCCCAAGCGCUAAUUGGGCCAAAGCUGAGCAGCUCACCACCUGUAGCAGCUACCCUUCCUCAGAGGAUGAGGACAAGCCUGCCACUGACCCUGUCCUCCAAGUGGUCUAUAAGAGUCAGGGUAAGGAAAGCCCAGGGGAAGAAUUCAGUGCUGAAGAGACUGAGGAAACUUUUGUGAAAGCUGAAACUGAAAAACGUGACUAUGACACCCCAAACUACCUUCUGUCUCCAGCAGCUGCUCAUAGACCCAAGAGUCAGAAAUGUGUGGCCUAUAAGUUCCGAUUGGUGGUAAAAGCUGACGGGACCCAGGAGACCAACAACGGCUGUCACAAGGUGAAAAUCAUGCCCUGCUCCUUCCCAGUGGCCAAGGAACCUUCAACGAAAGGCCUCAAUCCCAACCCCAGCCAUCAAAUGACCAAACGAAAGAGAAUGGUCCUAGUCAAAGAAAGGAAAGCAGCCCAGACACUGAGUGCCAUUCUCCUGGCCUUCAUCAUCACAUGGACCCCGUAUAACAUCAUGGUCCUGGUUUCUACCUUCUGUGACAAGUGUGUCCCAGUCACCCUGUGGCACUUGGGCUAUUGGUUGUGCUAUGUCAAUAGCACUGUCAACCCCAUCUGCUAUGCCCUCUGCAACAGAACCUUCAGGAAGACCUUUAAGAUGCUGCUUCUCUGCCGAUGGAAAAAGAAAAAAGUGGAAGAGAAGUUGUACUGGCAGGGGAACAGCAAGCUACCCUGAAAAGUUAACAACUCCUCUCGAAAGAACAACGACCACAGUCAACAUCCUUUGAGGAUGAGCAAGCUGAUUCUGGUUUGUAUAUUUUCAAAAAGAAGACAUCUCAUUUUGAGUCCUUGAAGACUUUUGUAAAGGCUCAAGGUUGGUUGCCAAAUGGAAGGGGUCACAGCUGCAGCAAUUGCUGACAUAUUAAAUGACUCUUGCCUAUGACCAAGGCCAUUUGAUGCCAGUGGAGUUUGCCAAUGAAGUAAAGAGAUAGGCUCAUGCCCUUCACAGGAGGAAGCACACUGGGUAACAAUGAACAGUGACUCAGGGAACUUAUGUCCCUUCUGUGGGAAGCAGCAGAGACCAGGUGGAAACCUUUUCCUGUGGAAACCUGUCUUAGAAUUUUGUGCAAUAUGUAUGUGUCUAUGAAGCUGUCUUGUGCCAGUGAGAACCAGGAGAAUGUACAACAGUGUCACUUGUUAACAAGACUGAUAUUCAACCGGCUUCUAAGAAUAUGUAUCUUCAUAUACUGAUCACUGUCUAUUAUGCAGCUAUUAUGUGGUCUAUACUAUACUGUGGUUUGUUUUCCUGUCCCUACAUCUGAAUGAAGGCCUUGCUCUUCCCUUUCAUAUCCAAUGUCAAUUCCUUGUACUCACUGAACCCGUGCUAAUCUCCAGGGAACCAUCCUUCCUCUCAGAAUCCAGAGUCUGGAAGGACUGAAACCUGGUCAUACCCAGUCCUUUAAAGGGGCCUCUAUUCUACUAAUAAAGACGGAUCAAGUCUCCACGGUCAGUUAUUUUAGCUUUUGCCAGUGGAAAUUUUUUCUUUCAUCUAAACAAAUAUUGUGCAUUCUAUUUUGUGCCCAUUUGAACCCAUUUAUUUAUGCUCUGUUCUUAGGAAGACUAAUUAUGUAAGAGCCCUUCACUGGCUGAAGAUUUUCUCCAGGCUAUUGAAUUAAGGUUCUUAUAUUGUUUUCAGAGAUCUUGCUUUCUAAUCUCUUCACAGGGCAAACCUGGGCAAAAUGUGGAAAACAAAUUUGCUUUUGAACUUCUUCCAGAGCCCUUUUGCAGCCUCCAGUUUCCCUCGUUCAGAUCCCCAGUUCACACCAAGACGCAAGCAGGUCAGCUGUGCUGCCUCCAAGCAGGGGGUUGCGGGGUGGGGUGGGGGUGGAAAGACUUUCUUUUUUUAUAGGUCCUUCAAAUCAGGGCCUAAAAAUGACUUCUUCAUUCCUCUCCAAAUUCAGUCAAAAAUGAGAAGGCCAGAAAAGCACACUUGAGGGUGCGAUGAAGUUGAAAAUGAUCUGAAAGCUUCAUUUUUAAAAACAAAGUGUAGGUCAUAGUAAUGCAUAAAAAGAAAACAGUUAACAUGCAUGAGAGCAUGAGGAUUAUUAAAAACCACAUUUAAUUGAAAUCUCUAAGUGCGUAUAAACAAACUGAAUCAAAGGACCUUUGUGGACAAAAGUCCACAAAGAAGCAGUAGUGUGGUAUACAACAAGGAUUUUAAAGAUGAAGCACUCCUGUCAGACAUUAUUUAACUUUUUGGUUACAUCUGCAGCUGGAUUUAAAAAUCGCCAGACUUCAUGCGUCUUAGUGUAGGCCAGGUCCUUUUCAGUCUCAUUUGCUAAGAGGAUGGAAAAAUAGCUGGUUUAGUUGUCCUGGGAAUUAGAUAUGUACCUGAGUAUGAGAGAGCUUCAGCCUACCACUGAGGAGCAUAAUCAGCCUCUCACAGGAUGUCCCAGGGAGGCUUCAGGGUAGUAGAAUCUCAGGCAGGAUGGGACUGGUCCCCUAUAAAGACUUCACGUUGACAUAAAACAUCUUGUAAGCAGUGCAUCUGCUGAGCCUUUGUAAAGGGCAGGUUGACACCUGCAAAGAAUUUGGUGGGAACAGUAAUUGGCUCAGUUCUCCAGCACAGAGGCUCUUGGGCCUCUGUGAUGCCAACUGGGUGUGACUUCAUGAGCAAACCUGCUCUACCAGCUCCAGAUAAACAGUUGAGUCUUCAUUUAAGGCUUUGAUUCCUGAUAAAGAUUAAAACCCCUUCAUGAGAAUAGGCUUUUAAGCCCAUGUUCGGCAUUCACCAUUCGCAGUUGAGAGUGAAACAAGCUAAUUCUAAAAAAAGAACACAAAUCGGGAAAGGAUGCCACGGAGGGCACUCUUCACACACUCCGCAGUUGCUUAGGACAUGGCCUUUUUUGUUCAUCUUUUGUGAAAUUGAUUAAGAAGCGUAUUGCUGGGUGUGGUGGCUCACACCUGUAAUCCCAGCACUUUGGGAGGCUGAGGCAAGAGGACUGCUUGAGCCUAGGGGCUCAAGACUAGCCUGGCAACAUAGGAAGACCCCGUCUCUACAAAAAAAAUUUUAAAUACCUGGGCAUUAGCAGGGCAUGGUAGUCUGUGCCUGUAGACCCAGCUACUUCAGAGGUUGAAGCAGGAGGAUCGCAUGAGCCCAGGAGUUAGAGGUUGCAGUGAGUUAUGAUCACACCACUGCACUCCAGCCUAAGUGACAGAGCAAGAUUCUGCCUCAAAAAAAGAGAGAGAGAGAGAGAGAGAGAGAGAGGUCGAUGCUUCUUUCUUUAUCAUUGGCUUUGGAAAGCAGCCAGUUUUGCAGACUACCUAUGCCUCUUGACACAGACAAAAAAUAUCCCAAACUACUAGGGACAACUGGACUUCUAUAGAAUAGGGGCUUUAGUGGGGUUCUCAGAAUGAAUAGACCUAAUUGUAAACUACAGGGACCUGAUGGGUAGGUAGGAAGCGCAUGGCCUAACUUGAGAUCUUAGGCCUUCUAUGCCCCCGGUCUUCCAGGCUUUGUCUAUAGUAAACCAUGUACGACUUUGGCUAGUUACCUACUGGAUGCUGUUACUUUGCUAUCAUUGUAAUUUGUUUCCCCUUGGCUCUGAAUCUGAUGGCUUCUCAGGGAAUCUGUUUUCCCUUCAAUUUUUGGUUAAACAAAGCAUUUUGUCAAUAUUCUCAGCUUUUGCUUUGCUCCUUUGGUGAAUGUCCUUUGAAGACAAUACUGAUGCCAGCUCUCUGUAAUUGUGAAAUCUGUACCCAAACCUCUGGAUUAGAAUCUCUAGUUGUCUACUGUAAAUACUGGAAUUACAUCAAAGGAUAUGGGGACUGGGCUGCUUUUCUGUAUUGUACAAGCACUAUUCCAGAUAUUAAAGAAAUUUAACCGCACAGUGGUCCAAUGCAGAGCAUUUAAAUAAGAAAAUUGUUUCAGAGUAGCUUAUUAGAUCCAUCUAUAUUGGGGUUCCCUCACACCUUUGCAUGGCCUGGCCUUUCAAGAAAGUUGAGAUUGAUACACAGUAUGGAUACACGUCCUUCUUGCUACCUUUUGUGAUUCCUCCUUCC